AUGUCCAAUACAGACAAGUUGGCUAUUCCAGCCAGCCUGACCAUUCGGAAGUUGGAUCAUAACUUCAACAACGCCGAGGGAAACAUUCUGUUUUUCGAUCAAAUUGAGUUGCUCACUAUGUCAAAUCCACUUUGGCGUGAGUUUAUCGGAAACCGAAUGGCUCUGGAGCGGCGCUAUGGUGCGCUUCUUCAGAAAUACGAAGAAGCCUUUUCGAAUUAUUUUAGAGGUUACUUUCCAAUGGACUAUCGAUCGACUGGUCACGAUGCUAUGUUGCCUGACAGUAUUGUUAAACUUGUGUUGACUUUAGCAGAGCAUUCAUUAUCUGCAACGUCAACCUCGUCUGAUAGUGCUUCAAGUGAUACCAAGUCCAUUUUUGAAGAGUUAGGCUGGGAAGAUGUUCAGGCAAAGAAUCCCUGUUGGGCGCUCUUGUCAGACACCUAUGCUGCUGCUGUUGAGCCCCCAUUAGGAGGUUCGGUCAAAUCAGGACCUCGCUUCUUUAGCUCUCGAAAACACCACGGAAACAAUCCCAUAGUCCUUCACGUGGAUGGCGUAUCCGACCAUGAGUUGAAGAACCAGCUAAUCGAGGCCAAAGAAAAAGGCUGCAUUGGAGUAAUGGUAGAAAUCAUCGAAAACAACUACAGCGGGCGUGUUCUAAGCAUCGAAAUUCUCCGACGUCUGGCCGCACUAUGUGCAGAGGAGAACCUUCUGCUCGCUGUGGAUGAGACCCUUACGGCCAUCCGGUGUGGAUCUCCUUUUUCCUUCCAAAGAGAGGAGUAUUUCGACCUGCCGUCGCCUGAUAUCGUCUUCUUUGGCAGAUCUAUUGGUGUACAGGGCACUGCGAUUGCGUUUGAUGGCCAAUUCCUCAAUAGAUUUGGCAUCCUCGAAGGUUCACGCCAACGGGCGAUCCGGAAAUGGCAAAGUCAAUUCCACAAACCACUACCAACCGCAGAACUUGUCCAGGCAAUCUCUACCUUGAAGAUAUUGAUUCAAAGAAACUUCACCAUGUUAAGUCGCAUUAUCGGCCAAGCGAUCCGGACAUUCAUCCUUGAGCAGGUUGCUAAGAAAGGGCAGGACUUUCAGUCGCAGGACAUUCUCGGAGGGCUGGAAUCUUUGAUAUUCGUCAGAAAGGACAUUGCCGGUGAGUUCCUUGUCAUGGGAGCUAAAACCGGGCAACCGAGUGAGGUGCUGGAGGAGGUCAUUGGGUGUUCAAGCGAGCAGGCUCGCGAAGACCUCUCAAAAUUACUUCUUCAGAAGGGUGCAAAGCCUAGUUGGUGCUUUUGGUGUGGAAAUCCGACCACAAGUAAAAAGGACGAUUGGUGCCAGCGGUGCUGCAUCGGUGUCUGUGACCAAGAGGUUUGCGGUCGUCAUUUAUCCCACCAUACCCACGUUUGA